CCCAUCUCCAGCCUGGCGCCUGCCAUCGAGUGCAUGCGUAUCAUCAUAUGAUUUCCGCCACGUGAAGUGUGCUGCACCGACUCCGUGGCGUGGCGAGCCUGAACUCACACUGCUGGUCUGCUCCCCACGUCCUUCGACCAUGAAUCGAGCCAUUACGGCCUCGUGGGGGCGUAAAGGCGGGGGAAUCAACCUGAAUUCGCCGCUCCCGAGCAGCAUGCCCUCAGCAUCGACGUCUGCAAAGCAUGAUCAGGUCGCUGCUACGUCAAAUGCGACAGGUGACGGCGCGCUCGCCGUGGCUCCUCCCGGUUCUGCUGCUGCUGCUGCGCAGGAGAGGCUCAGGCUGCAGCAGACGGAUCCACAAGAUGCUGCUGCCAUCGAAGGACGUCCUACGGAGACCACUAGAAGCCCGCCCCCCACAUCUCUGACUUACGCCAGUCCUGGAGGAAGUGGAAAACUAGAGGCACAAGCCGGCCCCUCGCGCAUUCGAGCAGAAGGUUCACCAACGCCGGGGUCUUCCGCUCCACGAAGACGCACGAAGCGAGACGCGACAUCAGGCUCCUCGCGUGGAGAUUCGAAACGGACACGUUCAGGACUCGUUGGAGGUACUGAGGGCGAUUCGAUGGGGCCGGGCAGCUCUCGCCUGGCGGAAAAGUAUCGUCCACCGCCGACUCGAUUGAAGGAUCUGGGAGGCAUCAGCUCAGCUGUGGAGAAGGUGCUGGAGUUGAUCGCAAUGCCGUUGUGCCACCCGGAGAUCUAUACUCAUACUGGUGUCACACCGCCUAGAGGGGUGCUGCUUCAUGGACCUCCUGGAUGCGGCAAGACGAUGUUGGCGGGUGCAGUGGCUGGGGAUCUCUCGCUGCCCUUUCUCUCAGUCUCGGCGCCUUCGAUCGUCAGCGGCACGUCUGGCGAGUCAGAGUCUACCUUGCGAUCCUUGUUCGAAGAGGCGGCACGAAUAGCUCCGUGCAUUCUCUUCAUCGACGAGAUCGACGCCAUCACGCCCAAACGCGAGACAGCUCAACGAGAGAUGGAGAGGCGGAUAGUGGCACAGCUGCUCACAUGCCUGGAUGAUCUCAAUUGGAACAAGACGGAUGGUAGACCUGUGAUGGUCAUUGGUGCCACCAACAGACCCGACUCUCUCGACUCAGCGCUGCGUCGAGCUGGUCGCUUCGACCACGAAAUAGCGCUGGGUGUACCGGACGAGAAAGGCAGGGAAGCCAUCCUCCGAGUCUUGUCCUCGUCGCUCCGACUCAACGGCGACUUCGAUUUCGCUGCGCUCGCAAAAGCGACGCCAGGCUAUGUUGGCGCGGAUCUGGUCGCCCUUACUGCAGAAGCGGGCGUGAGAGCCGUCAAGCGCAUCUGGGGAGAGCUGGGGACGAUAGAUGCGCCCGAGUCGGUACAGACCGCUGUCGAAGAACCACAACAACCCGAAGUGAACAUGGACGGCGAUCAGAUCGCUGAUGUCGACAUGGACGGAUCGUCUGCGCAGCAGUCCCAAUCGAUCGAGAUGCAGCCAGCGAAAAUAGCCACGGAGCCUCCGACGCAGAUCGAGACUUUCAUAGCAAGCGAUCGAGACGGUGUUGCUAUCCCAACGCAGUCAUUUUUCGAAUCUUUGCCUCCCUCGCUGCAAGCGUCUUCGAUUGCGACCUUUCUGCGCACGCACAAGGGCGCCCUUACCACCGAACAGCUGGAAAGCAUUUCAAUCACUCCCGAAGACUUCCUCGGCGCGCUUGCAUCAGUGCAGCCAUCAUCAAAGCGAGAGGGCUUUGCUACUGUUCCAGAUGUUACCUGGGCGGACGUAGGAGCGCUCAGAGAGACGCGAGACGAGCUUUGCAUGGCGAUUGUAGAACCCAUACUUCGACCAGAGCUUUUCGCUGCUGUUGGAGUCUCCGCGUCUUCAGGGGUACUGCUGUGGGGUCCGCCUGGGUGCGGCAAGACACUUGUUGCCAAGGCGGUGGCCAACGAGUCUAGGGCCAACUUCAUUUCCGUCAAGGGACCCGAGCUCCUCAACAAGUACGUAGGGGAGAGCGAAAAAGCUGUUAGGCAGGUGUUUGCCAGGGCGAGGAACAGCAGCCCUUGCGUCAUCUUUUUUGACGAGCUAGACGCACUCGUGCCUCGACGUGACAGCCAGCUUUCGGAAGCGAGCGCGAGGGUGGUCAAUACACUGCUAACGGAACUCGAUGGAUUGGAGUCGCGCAAACAGACGUAUGUCAUUGCAGCCACAAACAGACCGGAUAUGAUCGACCCUGCCAUGUGUCGACCUGGUCGACUGGACAAGCUGCUCUACGUCGACUUGCCAGAUCCUCAAGAGAGAGCCGAAAUUCUGAGGACCCUCACGACAAAGAGUCCGCUAGCAGGCGACAUUAACUUGACAGUCGUAGCUCUGGAUAGACGAGCUCAUGGCUUCUCGGGCGCAGACUUGGCUGCUCUGACCAGAGAAGCUGCGGUCACAGCUCUUCGAGAAAGCCUCUUGGCCGCACGCAGAGCCGAGCGAGAAGGGGGCAAUGCUCCGCCCAGGGUGCCACCCAGUGUGCUCAUCCACGCCAAGCACUUUGAGAGCGCUCUGGACAAGGUCACGCCCAGCGUUAGCCAAGCCCAGAGGAACAAGUAUGCCGCUCUCAGAAGCCGUUUGGCUGGCAGUCCAGCAGGUGCUGGGCCUCUCGAGAGAGGUGCGCCCCCGCCAGAGGCAGCCAAGGCAGUCGGUGAAGAGGGUGCAAUUCCCCCAGAGAACCUCGCAAAGCGCGUCUCCUGACCUGACAUCGGAUCGCAUUUCCAUCGCAUGUACAAUAAGACUGUUACAAUCCCAUCAAUGAGG